UGCUGAUUUGAUUCGAUUUUUUUUUUCUAGAAUAUCACAACGAAGAUUCAACUUCGCGGAGUUUUUUUUUUUAUUAUUAUUUUCCAGUUUCUUUUUGACCGAGGUUUUGUGUAAAGAUUUCAAAGGCAGUUUAGCACAGGGUCUGUCUCGAAAAACUCCGGAGAGCCAGGCUAUAUGAAGAUCGCGACACAGUUGUUGGUCUUCCCUCGCAGAAAUGCCAGUGCGUGCUGUGACCACCAGGUUCAUGUACAAGGGACUUUGCACUAUUCCAGAUGUCCUCUCCUACCGGACCCCUGUUAACCUGCCCGAGGACGAGGUGGAGGAGAUCCGUGAGGCUUUCAAAGUGUUUGACCGGGAUGGAAACGGCUUUAUCUCGAAGCAGGAGUUGGGGAUGGCCAUGCGCUCACUGGGCUACAUGCCCAACGAGGUGGAGCUGGAGGUGAUCAUCCAAAGACUGGAUAUAGACGGUGAUGGUCAGGUUGGCUUUGAGGAAUUUGUCACACUGCUCGGGCCUAAACUCUCUUCUGCUGGAAUGCCUGACAAGUUUCAUGGAGCGGAUUUCGAUUCAGUGUUUUGGAAGUGUGACAUGCAGAAGCUGACCGUGGAUGAACUCAAGAGACUGCUUUACGAUACUUUCCGAGACCACCUCACUAUGAAAGACAUCGAGAACAUCAUCAUGACCGAGGAGAGCCACCUGAACAGUCCAGAGUGCCACCUGGACAUUGACACAAGCCCAACACAACAGGAGAAACACACGUGUGUGCGUAAAAGCCUGAUUUGUGCCUUCGCUAUUGCAUUCAUCAUCAGCGUUAUGCUCAUUGCGGCCAAUCAAAUGCUCCGCAGAGGAAUGAAGUAAAGAUCUGUUUAUAUAAGGAUGGAAAAUGAGCAGCAAACAUUUACCAAAAAUUCUAGGUGUGUUUUAGUUUUGUCACUGUUUUCAUGACCAACAAUGAUGCCAUCAUAGCUUCUCAUAUUCAUGGAUGAAAUGAUGUCAUGCAACAUUUUAUGUGGUCACUUCUCACCGCACACCAAGGUUUAAAACAGGGAAAGGAAGAAAGAGAGAAAGAAAUCUCAAGGGCUGAUUCGUAUCCUAAAACUGUAGUGUCACAACAAUUCAAAUUCUGGAAGUUUUGUAAAAGAAAAAAUUGCUAAACAGGCAGAUUAAUGUGAGUACUUCAGUGUCCCGUAUGUUCUGUAGUUAUAGCUGUGCCGUGUCUUAUAUAUCAAAAGAACUAAUGUUGUUGACGAGAGCUCUGCCUUUCGGAAUGUGCUCCAGUAAUGGAAGUAUCGAGGAUCGUAAUCAAGCAAUACAAAAGUGUUGACGUGCUACAUGUUGCUUUAAGUCACUCACUAAAACACGAGAAUACAUGACUGGGUACUUCUUUAUGGGCCUAUUAAGAAGUUAAAUGUUCAUCCUUUUGUUCAACAAGAUUUUUCUGAUCUAAAUCUUAACAUGACAGAAGUAAUACAGAUUUAAAACAAAACAUAUUUUCUUCUUCACAAGUAACAAGCAUUUAAAUGUUAUAUGAAAGCAUUUUCACAACUUUUUAGUCAUGAUAGCAUUAAUCGGGCAUGAAAC